UUCCUUAUCUAUAGUUGAGCUUCAACUUGAGGAGGAGGAACUGUUCAACUGAAAACUUACCAACCUCCACUGGUGCAUUAGUUGUAUUUGUUGGAAGGAGUAGGUGAAGAAGGUGUGAAUUGUGUUACCCACCAGUCAGAAUGAAGAAGCCUGUUCUCCUCUCUGCAGCCCUGCUGCUGCUGGUUUGUGUUUGGCAGUCAGCUCGAAGUAACGAUAACACUUACUUCAAAGUGGUGGUUAAUACGCCACCCUUUAGCAUUAAGAACUACAACACUUUUACUGCUCCUAAUGGAAGCCUCUUCGGUGGACUGAUAAGACUGAAAAUGUCAGACCAAGGCUUUGACUUUGAAUACAAAGUAAAUGAUGACUAUGGACCAUUCCUCAUCAGUGUGAAUGGCUUGACAGGAAAUUCAUCACACUACUGGCAACUGCUGAGUGGUAUAACCUCACUUGAUGUUGGUAUAGGAUGUUACCUUCCAAAGGCAAAUGAAGUCAUCACCCUUAAAUACACCUCAACACAACAGGAUCAUCUGAAAUCUCAUUCUGACUUAUAGUCAACCAACAUGCUUUGGUUUUUGACAGGUUUAAGUUAAUACUUAGUUUUUGGGUAAUUUUUCUGUUUGGAAGCUUUUCAUGACAAAAUGUGUCUAAUCAUAAGUUGGUAGCCUAUCACUGUCUUAGUUUCUUUGACUGGGUUUGUGUUAGACUUUAUCAAUUAAGAUUACAGCUUUUAUCUACACGUCUGCCACAGUGUAGCAACCUGAAGUAACAGAAAACUCCAUUGGUUACAAGAGUAAUCAGUAAAACAUUUUAAAGUUUAAAGACAUGCAAGAUUUGCAUAUUAGUCAACUGAAGUUCUUGAACUGUUUCUUAAUUUACUGCGCUUAUGGCAACUUUUAUUGUGUUUGAGAGUAAUUAGUAGUUUCUCGACUUGCCCCUGUGUGCUAUAAUUUUACAUUCAAAUUCCAUUGUUUGAGAGGUACUUAUAUACUGACAAGGGAUAUCAGUUUCAGUGUAAAAAGAUUGUUUGGUUAUACAGUAGACUCUCCAAAGGCUGCUGGCCAGGAAAAACAGCCAAUAAGGGCAGCUUAGCUUUAAAAUGGCUUCUGCAUUCUGUGAAUCCAGUUAUCAACAGCUUGGGAGCCAGGAGGUUUCUGAGAUUGACUGGGAAGCUGACCUCCUCUUGGACACCAGCAAGUCUCUAAGAUCAGCUGUGAAAUUACAACUAUUUUUGAGCUUUUGGGGGCUCCUAUGGGGUUGUGAGCAGAAUAAGAACAAAUAAAUUGCUUAAUAAUUUUUGUAUUAGUGCAUUACUGUUGAAUAACUGUUUAAUAAAAGCCUCCACUAACCACUCUGGUUUGGUGAGGAAAGGAAAAAGAAAACAGUAAAA